AAGGAGUCAACCGAAGAGAAGACGCGAAGGAGCGAGGUGCACGUGGCGUACGUGCGUGUUGCCCCACCGUAGGUAGUAGCGGCGCUCCCCUUCGUCCCUUUCCUUUCAUUUCUCCCUCCGUUCCCUCCUCUUACCUUCUUAACUUCAAACUUGUUCUUCUUCUUCUCUACACUUUCUUUACUCUUUUCCUUUUUCUUCAUAUUAAUAUAUUUUUCUCUCUCUCACAGUUUUCUUCUUCAGCGCUAAGUUUCCUAAUUCCUCACCAUUUCAUUUCCUCUUCCCCCAAACCCCCAAACCCCCAAACCCUAUUCCCUUCACAAUCAACAAUCUCUCUGUGAUGAGUUUGCCUCCUUUUUAAUGGCUCACACUCUUCACAAACCCUUUUCCAUACUAUUAUUGUUAUACUUCACUUUUUCCUUCGCUUCACAACACUCACACCAUGGAUUCUCGAUCCUCGAUUCCGAUUUCGACGCGCUCUACGGCGACUACACGCCCCCUUCUCCGCCGCCGCCGCCUCCGUUGCCUCACCCGCCCUCCCUCACGUGCCUGGAGGGUCUCAACGGGACGGGCUCCCUGACCACCACAUGCGAUCUCAAUUCCAGCCUAAUUUUCAAUAGCGACGUGUACAUAGAAGGGAACGGAAGCUUGAACAUACUUCCCGGCGUGAAUUUGAGUUGCCCCGUGUCUGGCUGCGUUAUUUUGAUUAACGUCAGUAACGAAUUUAGUUUGCAGAGUGGUGCGGCAAUAGUUGCAGGGACAGUGCUUGUGGCGUCGCGGAACGCCACCUUGUUUGGCGGUUCCGUAAUAAACGUGACCGGAUUGGCCGGGGCGCCACCGGCGCAGACGAGUGGGACGCCGUCGGGGACGCAGGGGGCGGGCGGAGGGCACGGCGGGAGAGGUGCCACGUGUGUUUCGGAUAAUACAAAGCUUCCGGACGAUGUGUGGGGUGGGGAUGCGUAUUCUUGGUCGUCGUUGGAUGAGCCGUGGAGUUAUGGGAGUAAGGGUGGGACGACUAGUAAGGAGGAGAAGUAUGGUGGGGAAGGAGGCGGGAGGAUUAAGUUUGCAGUUGUGGACUCCAUUGAUGUGUCUGGGGAUCUCUUGGCAAAUGGAGGGGAUGGAGGGAUGAAGGGUGGAGGAGGUUCUGGUGGCAGCAUUUAUGUUAAAGCUCAUAGAAUAACUGGAACUGGCACAAUCAGUGCCACUGGAGGUGGUGGGUUUGCUGGCGGUGGAGGAGGAAGAGUUUCAAUUAAUGUCUUCAGCAGACAUGACAAUACAAAAUUCUUCAUUCAUGGAGGAAUUAGUCUUGGAUGUUCCAGAAAUGCUGGUGCUGCAGGGACAUAUUAUGACGCUGUUCCUCGGAGUCUUACCAUUUGCAAUCAUAACUUGUCUACUCAAACUGAUACUCUUCUGUUAGAGUUUCCUAAAGUGCCUCUUUGGACAAAUGUUUAUGUCCAGAAUCAGGCCAAAGCAUUGUUUCCUUUAUAUUGGAGCCGUGUUCAGGUUGGUGGACUAAUUCGCUUGACUUAUGGUGCUGUUCUAAGCUUUGGGCUUGCUCAUUAUGGUUCAUCAGAGUUUGAGUUAAUGGCGGAAGAGCUUUUAAUGAGUGACUCUGUAGUCAAGAUAUAUGGAGCUCUUCGUAUGUCUGUCAAGAUUCACCUGAUGUUGAAUUCAAAGAUGCUUAUAGAUGCCAAUGGUGAUCAAAUUGUUGCAACAUCCUUACUUGAAGCUAGCAACUUAGUAGUUCUCAAGGAUUCUUCUGUUAUUCAUUCUAAUGCAAAUUUGGGAGUUCACGGGCAAGGAUCUUUGAACUUGUCCGGAGCUGGAAACUUGAUUGAAGCGCAACAUCUGAUUUUGUCAUUGUUUUUUAGUAUCAAUGUUGGCCCUGGAUCUGUUCUAAGAGGACCUUUAGAGGCUUCUGGUGAUGAUAUGACUCCACAACUUUACUGUGAAGUUGAAAAUUGCCCUGUGGAAUUGCUUCAUCCACCUGAAGAUUGUAAUGUUAAUUCAUCACUGGCUUUCACUCUUCAGAUAUGUCGGGUUGAAGAUGUUAUUGUUGAAGGCACCAUAACUGGUUCUGUUGUGCACUUUCACUGGAUUAGAAAUAUAGAUGUUUCUUAUUCAGGAGUAAUCAGUGUGUCUGGGCUGGGCUGUACUGGUGGGUUAGGUAGGGCAAGGUAUUUUGAAAAUGGUAUUGGUGGUGGAGGUGGACAUGGAGGAUAUGGUGGGGAUGGAUAUUACAAUGGCAAUUUCAUUGAAGGUGGUUCCACAUAUGGGGAUGUUGAUUUGCCGUGUGAACUUGGAAGUGGCAGUGGAAAUAAUAGCCUAGCUGGUGCAACUGCUGGUGGUGGCAUCAUUGUGAUGGGUUCACUGGAGCACUCACUGUCAAGUUUGACUUUGAAUGGCUCACUUAGAGCCGAUGGGGAAAGCUUUGGAGAUGACCCAAGAGGGAAGGAUGGUGGGAUUACUUCAAGCAUUGGUCCUGGUGGUGGUUCUGGUGGAACUGUUCUUUUGUUUAUUCAGACUUUGGCACUUGGUGACUCUUCUAUAAUCUCAACUGCUGGAGGACAAGGUAGUCCUAGUGGUGGUGGGGGUGGAGGUGGCGGAAGGGUUCACUUUCAUUGGUCUAAUAUUCCAGUUGGAGAUGAAUAUGUCCCUUUAGCAAGUGUUAAGGGAAGCAUUAUUACUGGAGGAGGAUUUGGUGGAGGUCAGGGCCUUCCUGGAAAAAAUGGAUCUAUCAGUGGAACUGCUUGUCCCAGAGGGCUUUAUGGUAUCUUUUGUGAGGAAUGCCCUGUUGGUACUUAUAAAGAUGUCAGUGGGUCUGAUAGAGCUCUUUGUCAUGAUUGUCCCCCUGAUGAGCUUCCACAUCGUGCCAUAUAUAUUUCUGUUCGAGGUGGUGUGGCAGAGACUCCUUGUCCAUACAAGUGCAUUUCUGAUAGAUAUCACAUGCCAAACUGCUAUACAGCUUUUGAAGAGUUGGUCUACACUUUUGGUGGGCCAUGGCUCUUCGGUCUUCUACUCUUGGGUCUUCUUAUCUUGCUUGCUCUAGUUCUCAGUGUUGCACGAAUGAAAUAUGUAGCUGGCGAUGAUUUACCAGCUGUUACGCCUGCUCGAAAUGACACUCGACUGAACCACUCUUUUCCUUUUCUUGAAUCACUGAAUGAGAUUAUGGAAACAAACAGAAGUGAGGAAUCUCAGAGUCAUGUGCACAGGUUGUAUUUCCAUGGCCCAAAUACAUUCAGUGAACCUUGGCAUCUACUUCAUUGUCCUCCAGAGCAAGUAAAAGAUAUUGUAUAUGAAGAUGCCUUCAAUAGAUUUGUGGAUGACAUUAAUAGUUUAGCUACUUAUCACUGGUGGGAAGGGUCUAUUUACAGUAUCCUUUGCAUCAUUGCAUAUCCCCUUGCUUGGUCAUGGCUUCAAAUGUGUCGGAGAAAGAAAUUACAGAAACUUAGAGAAUUUGUUCGAUCAGAGUAUGACCAUGCAUGCUUGCGCUCUUGCCGUUCACGAGCACUUUAUGAAGGGCUGAAGGUAGCUGCAACAUCUGAUCUGAUGCUGGGAUAUCUGGAUUUCUUCCUUGGUGGGGAUGAGAAAAGACCUGAUCUGCCUCCUCGUCUUUAUCAAAGAUUUCCCAUGUCUAUAAUUUUUGGGGGAGAUGGAAGUUACAUGAGUCCUUUCUCUAUUCACAGUGAUAAUAUUCUUACUAGCAUCAUGAGUCAGUCUGUUCCACCAACUAUAUGGUAUCGAUUAGUGGCUGGUCUUAAUGCUCAACUACGAUUGGUUCGCCGUGGACAUCUAAAAAUAACUUUUGGUCCUGUUAUCAGCUGGCUUGAUGUAUAUGCAAACCCUAAGUUGGCUACAUAUGGGGUACGUGUUGAUCUUGCAUGGUUUCAACCUACAGCUUCUGGAUAUUGCCAAUUUGGACUUGUGGUAUAUGCUACUGAGAAUGAAAGCAUGUCCUCAUCAUGCGAAGGUUAUGAUGAUUCAAGAAUAACUGAAAAGGAGACAUGUUUACUUUCAAGUCCCAGAAACCCUGCGCGCUACAUGAGAAGCAAUGAACACCUGAUGAUGCCUAGAAGGAUAUCUGGUGGGAUAUUGCAUGCCAAAAGCCUAAGAACACUUAAAGAGAAGAAAACUGUAUGCUAUCCGUUUGCUUUUAUUAUUUAUAAUACAAAGCCAGUCAGUCAUCAGGAUCUAGUUGGUCUGGUUAUCUCUAUAAUACUCCUGGGAGAUUUUAUCUUAGUAUUGCUCACCUUGCUUCAGAUGUACUCGCUGUCUCUGUUGAGCUUCUUCUUAGUUUUAUUUGUCCUCCCUCUUGGUGUCCUAUUUCCAUUUCCAUCUGGAAUCAGCGCUUUGUUUAGUCAAGGACCUAGGAGAUCAGCUGGGCUUGCUCGACUGUAUGCUUUGUGGAAUCUAAUGUCCCUAGUCAACGUAGUAGUUGCCUUCUUUUGUGGCUUUAUACAUUAUACAGCUCGUUCACAUAAGCUUUACAACUUUCAAUCCUGGAAUUUUAGUAUGGAUGAAAGUGAAUGGUGGAUACUUCCAUCUGGUCUGGCCCUCUGCAAAAUCAUUCAAGCGCGUCUUGUUGAUUGUCAUGUGGCCAACCAGGAAAUACAAGAUCCCUCAUUGUAUAGCAGUGACACUAACGUCUUUUGGAAUUCUUGAAAGUUUUACUUUUUUGGUCUUUUUUUUUUUUUUUUUGCAUUUAUUGAAGUGUAAAGCUUUAAUGGGUGGGAGCAGUCACGUUAAGUGGCAUUGUGUAAAUUCUAAAAUGUUAGGAAAGGUUCGGUAAAAUGUGUCGUGUGGAGUGUGUUGAUUAUAUUGUUUGUUUGAUGAUCAUCUGUUACUAUAGUUGUACAAUUGACAUAAGAAUUUAAGGCUUUAGCCCUUCUGUAAAGGUUGGCGAUUCUGUUAAUAUAUUUAUCUGACGCAUACUGAUUAAAA